AUGGUCCGUUCGCAACUGUCAAGCCGGUCUCGGACACCAGUUCCUCGCGCGCAGCGUGCACAGAUCGACCCGGGCCAGCUGGAGAUCACGGGACGCCUCUUCCACGAGUCGAGCGAGCAGCCGGAUCGGUUCCACGAGCACCUUCGGGAGAUCGAGGAGCUGCUGGGCACGGAUGAACUCGUAAAUCAACUUCAAUUGCUGGCCGACUACACCUGCCACGAGGUCGAGGAGCUGCUCGCCCUGGAGGCGGAGGAGCCGGAGGCGGAAGUGACAUCGCUGCGGCCCUCACCACGCUGGGCAUUGACCGUCAUGCCGAAACAGUGCCAGAAGAUUCUGCACCGCGAGAAGGUGUGGGAAAUCAGGGGGCAGAGCUGCAAGAAACACUUGCGCGAGAGGAUCUGCAUAGCGGAGUCUGGGUCAGGGAUGCUGGUCGGCGAGAUGACCAUCCGGGAGAGCAUCAAGGUGACUCGAGAGGAGCUGGAAGCCAACGUCGACCUGCAUCAGAUCGAAGAUCUCUCCAUCCUGCGCUACAGCAACAUCUAUGCCUGGGUGAUCGAGGAUGUGGUCGCGUACCCGGAGCGGGUACCCCACAAGGGCUCGCGUGCCGCAUGGGUGGAUCUCCAGCCUGCUCCUCGUCGUGCGGAGUGCUGCAACGAAAGUUGCCGUUUCGGCCUCAAGAAACACAGCCUUCGCGGCGCCCCGUACACCAGGCCGAAGGACGGAGUCAGCUUCGAACAUUGCUUUUUCUGCUCCGCAGAGGCCUUCGAGUCUGCGCUCAAGGAACAAAGUGGACAACAGGUAAAAAGAUACCUGACUCGGCAAGCCAAAGCAGAUCCCGAACGUCACCUAGAAGCCCUGCAACGCAUCCGCGACAUGCGAGGAGAGAACAUGGUCAAGCGGUUCGCGUCGCAGGGCGCCGGACGAAAAGCCAAGCGAGAGUCCAAGCCGAUCGCAUCCUGGAACGACUCGUUGGCAUUUCGCCAACCUGCACUGCGAGAAUCCGAUGCAGCCCACGAAGCUUUUCGGGUGAAGCAGCAAAAACAAGAUGCUCGCUUGCAGAAAAAAUUUCCGUCCAUCUACCAGAAGGACGCCCGAGAGGAGGCCUGUUGGGCACCUGCACGUUCUCUGGCCUUUCGAAAAUGGUGCCUGGAAAAUUCCUGGCGCAUGUGCUCCUGCUGUGGGCGCAUGGUACCGCAAGUCUUUCGUGCGAGUCAUGCAACUGGCACCGCCACCAAGUCAUCCGAGCUGCCAGCAUGCGGGCACUGCAAGUCGGGUGGCGCCAAAGGCUAUUGGGCUCCGUCACCUGAAGACGUCCCGCGCCCGCUGCGAAAACUAUCGUCGCAGGUGAUUGAAGCCCUACGCCCAUUCGACAUUCACACCGGGGGAGUCUUCCGGCCACCGAAUGGGUAUCUCGUGCACAACGACAUGAUGACUUUCUCUUUCAAGAAAUCAUCCGUGGAAGAGAACCUCGCCAAGCUAUCGCGAAGGCAGCGCAAGCGUGGAGAGAAGGCGCUGGAGUACCUGCUACAGUCGAGCGCCGGUUCGCAUUACCAUCGCUUCUGGCAGCUCCACCAUCGUUUCCUUCGCAAAAGAGCCAGGGCCAUCGCUCGCGGGGAGAUCUGGGCCGGCGCGUCGGUGAAGCGCUUGCCUACCAACUUCAUCGAGACCGUCGGACUGGAGUGUGCGCUGUCACAGGAUGCACGAAGACUGCAUCGCCACCGCAGAGUGCGAGCGGAGGAGGAUGAAGAAGACCUGGACGCAGACGAAGCAGCGGAAGGAGGGGCAUCCAGGCAAAGCGCGAAGGCGAGCUUUCUAGCCAAAGCGCAUUCGGCGCUGAUCGGCUACAACUCGGACGCACAGCUGCUUCAGUUCGUGUACGAUCUCUGGCUGUUCACCACCAUUGGCGGAGCCAAGAACAGUGCUAAUGCUGGCAUCCGAGAAGCCUUGGCGGCGAAGCCCUAUUCACCGGAGCUCUGGCGCACCUACCACGCUGCCUUGAUCGACCUUCAGAAGCAACUGGGCUGGCCCAGCCUCUUCAUCACCGUCGCGCCGUAUGAGUGGUCCUUCCCGUACCACCAGUGGCUGGAAGACGAACUUGCAAAGAGCUUGCGCUCGAGAUUGGAAAUGCCGGUGUCCGAGACCUUGCAUCUGGCGCACGUGCUGACUCAGGCAGUCAAGGGCCUUCUUACGGGCAGCAACGAAGGACUGCAACCGAAGAGGGAGCACGUGUUUUCAUCCGCAGAAGGCCCUGGCAAAGUGCGGCACUGGGUUGCGAGACUGGAGUUCCAGGACGGCAAGCGCAAGCGCCGUGUCUUCCGAGACGGCCAGUUCUACCACGGGCGAGGCACAAUCCACGUGCACAUCCUCUUGUGGCUUGAAGAUAUGCAGUGCAUGGAUUUGGCCUCCAAGAUCCGCGCCGACGUGCCCGCAGAGGAGGAGGAAGAGAUGCGCGACCUCGUCGUUGGGUCCCAGUUGGACUACAUGUCGAGCGGCUGGCCCGUGCGCGAAGAACCGACCAAGGUGAGCGAGGCCGGGCAGCGGCUCCAGCUGCAUCAUCCGCAGGACGCCUUCGAGCAACGAUGCCGCGCAUACCUUCCAGACGUGUUGGCCGCUCUUCGCUGCCACGUGGACGUCCUGGCGUCGGAUGGUCGAGCCAUGGUGCUCAAGUACUGUGCAAGCCGCCCGACCGAACACUAG